AUUUUCAGGCAGUGUGCAUUUUGGCAUACGUACUGGCCUUCCAAAGCUUUAUUCACGUGGGUCUUUAGCCGUGGUGUGUCUUUGUUGCCACUCGCUUUUCUUUGCUCUUUCACACACACACAGACGACCUAGAGCUGCUAAAGGUUAGCUGCAGAAAUGGCUAAGGCUUUCCGGAAUUUCCUGCCCAUGUUCGACCUAGUACUGGUGGAGCGGUUAACAGCACAGACUGUGACGAAAGGAGGCAUCAUGAUUCCAGAAAUAUACCAGGGCAAAGUGCUCCAGGCCACUGUGGUGGCUGUGGGACCUGGUGCCACCACCAAGGACUUCUACAGCUGGCCGGAUGAGUCUUUUGAGGAGAUGGACAGCACUCUGGCAGUGCAACAGUAUAUCCAGCAAAACAUUCGCUCAGACUGCUCCAACAUAGAGAAGAUCUUGGAGCCUCCAGAAGGACAGGAUGAAGGAGUUUGGAAAUACGAACAUCUCAGGCAAUUUUGUUUGGAACUCAACGGCUUGGCUGUUAAACUUCAGAGUGAGUGCCACCCAGACACAUGUACCCAGAUGACCGCCACUGAGCAGUGGAUCUUUCUUUGUGCUGCCCACAAGACCCCAAAAGAGUGUCCUGCCAUCGACUACACUAGGCACACACUGGACGGUGCAGCAUGCCUUCUCAACAGCAAUAAGUAUUUCCCUAGCCGCGUCAGCAUUAAGGAGUCGUCAGUGGCGAAGCUCGGCUCCGUCUGUCGUCGCAUUUACAGGAUCUUCUCCCAUGCUUACUUUCACCAUCGCCAAAUAUUCGACACACAUGAGAACGAGACAUUUUUGUGUCACCGUUUCACCCGCUUCGUGAUGAAGUACAGCCUGAUGUCCAAGGACAAUCUGAUUGUGCCCAUCAUGGAGGAGGAGAAUCAAACUGGCUGUGAAGGAGAGAGCGAAGCCUGACCUUCACCUCUGCAAAGCAUCCUGAACAACUGGCAUUCAGUCUUGUUUUUUUGUGUUCUUUUCCUCCUUAUAGCCACAAACCGUUAAAGCUCCCUUGUAUAUACGCGUCUUACUCUUGCAUAAGUAUCUGACGAGCUGCAAGAGUCUCUCCUUUGCUUUUUCUUUCCCCCCUCCUCACUAUAUGAACAAGUGUGGUGAUAUUCACCCUUUCUUUACUUAAGUUAUUGUGUGGGUGGAGGUGUUUUAUCUAACCAUUUUUUAAUGAACUGAAGUUAGAUAUUUUCAUUAUGAUAGUAAUAAAACACACCUCAUACCCAGAGCUGCCUCUGAGCUGUAUAGUUCAAUGAACUAGCAGAUGUUUGUGAAUAGACUUGCAGAUCAAAUGUGAAUACAACUAGAAGGGAAAUGAGGGAAUAACUGUUUUAAUAAAAUAUUCAUUCCAA